CACUGUCACCAACUGUCACUUUAAAAGUCAUAAUCUGAACUGAUUGUCAGUGCUAUUGGAUUUUCCUCUCUGCAGAUUCCAUAAAACUAAAUCAGCGAAAUGGCUCUGAACUCCACCCUGUACAACGCUAUUUUCAAGAGGACAUCCACUUUCGUCCUUCUUGCUAUGGCCAGCACGUUCUUCUUCGAAAGGACCUUCGAUUUGUCUGCUGAAUCGAUCUUCAGGAGCGUCAAUCAAGGGAAACUCUACGAGGAUAUCAAGAAGGAAGAAUAAUGCUUCAGUUGCGGUAUCCGCCAGAAUUAUGUAGACAAGAAUUUUUAUUUAUAAAUUAAAAAGAAACAACUAUACAACUUUA